AUGGAUCGUCGACGUUUUUUAACCAUUGGGGAAAUAGAAUCCUACAUAAAUUCUUCGAGCAGUGAGGAUGAAGGCGAAGUAGUUUCAGCUAAACGAAUGAAAAUUGUUAAUCCUAUUUCGAAAAAAAUAACUUCUGUCGUAUAUAUUCCACCAGCAGAUGUUGAUGCUGUAAGUGACGAAGAACUUAUUGACGAUAAUGAGAUGAUAACAGAGGUACCAGCUAUGACGGAUGUUUGUGGAGAGUUGGUGGUCGAACAUGAAUCAGAUGUGGAAGAUUUUGCGUCGCCGCCGUCAUGCUUAGUUGGAAUACUUGAUGAUGGACCAUCCUGUUGUGCAAAAACAACUAGGUACACAGCAGAAAAAGUUUUCGGUGGCAAAACACCAUUUGAAUUGUUUCUGCAGUUCUUCGACGAAGAAAUAAUGGAAAUGCUGGUCGUGAAUACAAAUAUGUAUGCUCACCAAAAUAAUAUCGUAGUGGAUAUUAGCAAACAACAGAUAUAUCGUUUCAUCGGAAUUUUGAUACUAAGUGGUUAUCAUAAAGUACCUCACGUUGAACAUUAUUGGAGUACACAGCAAACACUUGGUAUACCUAUAGUAAAGCAAGCUCCAUCACGUAAUAACUUCCAGUUGAUCAAAAGAAUAUUUCAUUUAAUGGACAAUUAUGGCAUUGAUGCCACAGACAGAUUUGCUAACGUUCGUCCACUUAUUGAUGCACUGAAUCGUAAGUACCUGCAGCUUGGAGUUUUUGAAACGUUUCAGUUAAUUGAUGAUCAACUGAUACCAUAUUUUGGUCCACAUUGA